CUUGCGGACAUUUUAGUUCGAGUGGGGCGUCCGCGAGCGAGCAGCGAGUUCGCUUCGGCGCGUGAGCCAACAGGAGCAACAGCACACACACACACACGUUCGGGACUGUCGAUUGUGUCCAGCCGAGGAGCGUGUGCCUUCUAGCCGCAGGAGCAGCAGCCGUAGACGGCUGGGCAGCCGCAGCGAUGACCACCAGCCGGCCCCCGGCGGGCCACAACCACCCCUGAGCGAAAGAGGGAAAACACCCCCGCGGCCGGCUCCCCCCGAGAGCAGGAAAAUGGUCCAGUGGCAGCAGCAGGCACCCCUCUGGCGCCAAAAAGCACAACUUUUCUUCGCCCUGUUGCUGACGCUGCAGGCGGCGAGCACGCAGCCGGCCGAGGUGGGUUCUGCGGAGCAGGAGGUGGCACAGCACUGCCUCCGUGAGGGGCCGCGGCUCACCUGCGAGGGCCAACUGCCGGUCGCCCCCGGUCCCGAUGUCGUCGACGUCCGCCUCAACGAUUGGCCGGAAAUAAUCUUCGACCCGAGGCUGCUGGGCGCGAGCUUCGGGCACGUCAAGAACCUCUCGAUUCACGGAGAGCCGAACACAAUCCGCCGCUUCACCCACGUUUUCCCCGCCGGGCUGGGCCUGCAAAUGCUGAAUAUUUCGCAUCUCGGUCUGGUCAGCCUGGAGCCGGCAGGCCUUUUCGACUACCUGGCCGCCUCGCUCACCGUGCUUGACGUUUCGCACAACCAGCUGCACUACCUCGCACACACCACCCUCACUCCGCUGCUCAACCUGAGGCUCGCCUAUUUCGAAGGGAACCCCUGGAAGUGCACUCUGGAGCUGUCAUGGCUGCUGAACGCGUCUCAGACGUCCCUGCUGACCGACCUUUCCACCUGGGAGUGCGGUCCAUCGUACCAGGGCAAAUCCGUGCUGCCCGUGUUGCAGAUGCAGCGCACCUUGAGCUCGCAGUGCCCCAGCAAGACGCCGUACAACUGCAGUUGCACCCUGACCAACGUGGUGCCGGCCAUGAAACCCGGCGGCGGCGUCCUCUCAGAUCAGCUCUUCCCAGUCAUCACGGUCAACUGCACCGCCAGAGGCCUGUACAGGGCGCCACCCUACCUCCCAGCCAACACAACCACGCUCAUCCUCUCAAAAAAUAUGAUCUCGGACGUGCGGCCACUGGCCAUGAACCCCUACUACCGGCAGGUGAAAGACGUCUAUCUGGACAGCAACCAAAUCCGCAGCAUCGCCACCCUCGAGGGUACAGACUGGCUCACCACCUGCCGCGUCUUCAGCUUAAGAAACAACUUUCUCUCGCAGAUUCCUGUGUACGCCAUCACCAAUGGAUUGGGCAAGAAUAAAAAUUUGGCCCAGCUUUUCCUCGGCAACAACCCCUGGGUAUGCGACUGCAUGUUCACGCCUGGGUUUCAGGACCUCCUGGCGCAAUACCAAUCGGUGAUAAAGGACGCGGGCGACAUCAGAUGCGCGCUGAGGGAAGGAGACGAGAACUCGCUGCAGCCAGUUCCGCAGAUUCGGCAUCUUUCGCGCAGUUUGCUUUGCCAGGAGCCGAAGGGCGGACUUUCAGGGCUGGACAUCUUGAACGUCUCGCUGGCGCUGUGCAUCAUGCUGGUGCUGGGCAAACUGGCUUACGACUACUGGUCUUUCAAGACCUCUGGCAGGCUACCCUGGUUGGUCGCCAAAAUGCCGUGAAAAACUAUUUCAUAAACUAUUGUUGUGUUUUUACGAAAGGAGAAGAAGACGACGAAGGAAACAGUGCUGUGCGCAAAGUAUUUACUUAAGUGUGUAAAAAUUGUUAAGAGAAAGGGUCAUUUUUUAUUUUCAAUCCAUAUGUGUGUACAUAAUGUAGUCAUGAAACUGCUGAUGUAAUGUUGGUGUAUGUAGUUUCUUUAAUUUAUACAUGUACUGAGCAGAUGAUGUAAAAAAGAAUGAAAAAUCUUCAAAACAAACAAA